AUGCAGCCCCAGGAGCCAGCUGUGGAGGCCCAGAACAUGCAACUGGACAACUACCUGCCGGAAUUCCUUCACCCAAUUCAACCAGCUCAAGAGGCAGGCCCAGAUAACAUGCCAAACAACGACUUCAACCUCAACAUGUUCAGGGUAGAAUCUCUUUCAAACUCUGUAGCCGAUCCUGGAUGGGCCGACUGGCUGAGGGAGGGGAAAAAGGCAAGGAACACCAGUCCAAACCUGCAACAGCUAUGGGACAGAUUCUUCACAGUGGAUAGUUCCCCAGAAAAGCAACUAGCAACUCGACCAAGGAAAAAAUCUCAGCUGUUGCAUGAUGUCACCAGUGCUAUCAUCAAGUUGAAGAAAACCCAAGAAGAAUUCGCCAAGGAAAAGGCUUACAGCUCCAAAUUGCAAAUGCGGUUUGAUUCUGUCACGACUGAGCGGUGGAAUGAAAUCGCCAAGCACAAUGAGGAGAAAGACAAGCGGAUGAAGAAGAAUAGGGAUCUGGCCGCCAAAAACAGAGAGCUGGAAGUCCAUCUUAUGCAGGAGCAAAGUUCCCUCGUGGAUUGGACAAAUGGAGUAUACCGGCUCACUGAGGAACUCCAGCAAAUGAAGGAAGCAUAUGAAGAAUUGCAGAGCACCCACGACAAGGAAACAAGUGAAAAGAACAAGCUGAAUCGUGGUAAAGUCAAGUAUCAUCAGACUACGGGUUCUCGCAGCUAUGUGGCACACUUACAUGCAUAUAAGCAUCAGAGGAACAAUGCAGAACCUAGCACAGAUACCCAUGAAGAACUUGAUGUGGUGGAGGCCUUCACUUCCUGCCAUACCAGCUCCAAACAUGGUCUUAGUGAACCAGCAAGAGAAGUAGUUCUUAGUGAUGCUGCAGCCUUAGCAAUUGGAAACAAGCAUGCUGAUCAGGCUGAUCAUGUUCUGACUAAUAUGGAAGCUUUGAGGGCACAACCUGUGGCUGAAGGUGAGACAAGAGUAUCAAGUGUGCAGGUUGUGUCCCAGGUGCUCCCCAAGAACAGCUCAAACAGUUUCCUGAAGAGUGUUGGCAUCAAACCAGUGGGAACCUCCCAAGCAUCAUCAUCAUCAAAUGAAAUCGAGCUACGGGAACAACUAGCAGCUGAAGCUAAGGCUGCUGUACAAGAUGAACUCGAGGAUCUCAAGAAGAGAAGUGAAGAAGCUGAGGAGAAGCUGGCGAGGACAGAAAGAGAGCUGGAGGAGAUGAAGAAGCUGACUGAGAUUAACACCAAGGCAAUGGAGGAGAACAAUGCGCUGCUCAAGCGCUGUGGCGUCACAGGUAACUGUCUUCUUCUCCUACUUCAGGCUCUGGCGUUGCAGGAGGUCGUCGUGAUAGACGAGAACUACACCAUCAACGACGACCUAAGGGCCUGUGGCCUGCCAGGUGACGAUGAAGACGACAUGGCUGCCGGAGCCAUGGCACUCUUCGAUAGCUCUACUACUCUCAUCAAUGUGGAUGCUGCCGAUGCCGAAGGCUUUGGUGAGACAGAGGCAUUUGUGGAGUACAUCCAGCGUGUUCAUAACCCUCGUUUUGUUAAAGUUUCUAGACAGACCACUUCUAGAGAUCUUACCAAUCUAACUGGCAGGGUGAUUGAGGAGUGGUGCCAACGGUUGUUGUCAAAGACGGUGGAGAUGCUAACCUGCCUCAAGGAUUGGGAGUUGGGAGAUGCAAGCCCACAACAUGAUGUUGAGAAGGAGAUCAAUGAACUGGAGGAAACUUACAAAAGUCCCUACCCAGACCAAGAUGAAGGCCAAGCUAAUCAGUAA